AUGGACUUGAACGGCAACGGCGAUCUCUCUUUGCAUGAGUUCCACGAUGGCCUCGAUCGCCUGAAAAUACCCUGGCAACUGAUUUGCAAAGGAAAGUCCAUUCUGCAACUUUUCAAGCUGUUCGAUGCUGACGAUAGUGGGGACAUAGACAUCACAGAGCUCGUGGGCCACAAGUACUACGACCACUGA